GGUAACCUCGAGAAGCGACAGAGCCAACAAGGGGAGGCAAGUGUGACAUACUUUUGCUCCUCUACCGCGACACAAUUCUUUCAGAGAAGUAAGCCAGGAAUCUAGUCUACCUGUUCUGUUAUUUUAAUGUGUUCCGUGUGUUUUUAAAGUUCAGUAUUUUAAAACGGUGUUUAUUUUAAUUAGUUCUAGAUCUAGAGUCUAGAAAUUAGUUAGUGAUCUCUAGAUCUAGAUCUAGAUUCAAUCUUUCGAAAAGGAGCAGCAAUACGUCGUCUGUUGUGAUUUGUGUGCAGACUUCCCAGUGACUAGUCUACAGUGUAGGACAUCGCACGGGAAUCUCUCUGCAUGGAUUAUAUUGUAUUCGUGCCGCGGGUGCAAGCAAACCUGUUUGUUUAUAUUGUGGGGUAGGAUAUUAUCCGUGGAUAUCUGUGUGUUCUUGUGUGAAAAGUGUGAACUUCAAAGCCUAGAUCUAGACAUCUUUGAAUUUGCUAAAAACAACGAAAUUAUCAAAUGACUGGAUUUAACUACCAAUUCAACGGAAGUGACGUCGAAACGGCGUGUGAGGAAAAAGCCUUGCAAGGUUCUCAAUCAGCCAAUACUGGCUCUUGCCACAGAGCACUCACGCACCACAACUGUCGGAGUGGCUCUCACACUAUGAAGUGGAUUACCUUUCUUGUCGGAUAUCUCGUGGCUGCAGCCGGAGCUGUGGAUACGAAUCGCUCGCAAACUAGUGGGACAGCUCCUUCAGAGCCCCCUUACAUUGGAGGCACCCCGGUAGAGGAGACGCAUCUGCAGCCUGGCGCGCCCAAUGUCUGCCAGUAUGAAGAUGUGGUCAUGGUGUUGGUCCGUGUGCCCUGUGUCCAGGCUUUCACUCGGCUGGUCAAAGUCUGGAAACCUGAUUGUGGAUAUACGAAAAAUUGGUGCGUCGGAUACGAGAGAAGGGUCCACUACUACACAUCGUACAAAGAGAGGUACGAACCCCAGCACAUCACGAGGUACAAGUGCUGCUCUGGCUGGAGGAUGAACGAAGAUGGAAGCUCUUGUAAUAACCGACUCUGCAGUAGCUCCAUGUGCCAUCAUGGAGGUCAAUGCAAUGGCGGAUACACCCCAUCCUGUUCAUGCCAACCUGGAUACCAAGGGGCCCGCUGCCAGUACGACGUCAACGAAUGUGCUAUCAACAAUGGCGGCUGUGAGAAGGAGUGCAUCAACGUCCACGGCUCUUACAAGUGCGCAUGCCCAAGCGGCUUCGAGCUUGCCAGUGAUGCAAGAUCCUGUUUGGAUAUCGAUGAAUGUGCCGUCAAGAAUGGCGGUUGCCAAGGGAAGUGUAUCAACACUCACGGUGCUUUCCGGUGCGAGUGUCCAGAGGGCCAAAGACUUCAUGCUGACGGUAUCAGAUGUAUACAGUCGCCAUGUCAGGUCAACCGGGGCGGUUGUCAUCAUAUCUGUGUAGAAGGGCAUGGGGACCACUAUCGGUGUAGAUGUCAUGAAGGCUACAGGUUGAAGAGCGAUGGCAAAUCUUGUGAAGAGGAGAACCCUUGCUUAGUGAACAAUGGAGGCUGUGAGCAUCUGUGUACAAAUGAUAGAGGGCGUCCUGUGUGUCAGUGUUAUGAAGGAAGAUACUUGUCUCCCAAUGGAAGGUCCUGUUUGGACAUAGAUGAGUGCAAGGAAAAUAAAGCACAGUGUCUACAGACAUGUAUCAACACUGAAGGCUCCUACAUUUGCACAUGCACCCCAGGGUACCAGUUAGGGGUAGACAACAAGUCUUGCUAUCUUCUGACUAACUCCAGCAGAGAUGAGGGACAAGCUUUACAAACAGAGUCCAUGUCUGAGAGAUUGAGGACCUCUGGGAAUAAAUCUGGUAUCGCCAUGGAGAUUGUAGACUACUGCGCUUUAAGCAAUGGGGGCUGUUCUCACAAGUGCAAUCACUCCUCUGAUGGUCCCCUCUGUUCCUGUAGACAGGGGUACAUGCUCCAGGCUGAUGGCAAGUCCUGUGAAGAUAUCAAUGAGUGCUCAGGAUCUUCUCACUGCUGUUCUCACAUCUGUAACAACAACCCUGGAGGUUACACCUGUGGCUGUACACCUGGCUUUGUCUUGAAAGACAGGUGCCAGUGUGAAGAUAUCAACGAGUGUGAAGAUGGAAAUGUGGAAUGUGAGCAGCUUUGUGUCAACUCUGUCGGCUCCUACAGCUGCACUUGCAAUACAGGCUUCAUAGCUAAAGGGAAGACUUGCAUUCCUACAGAAGCUCGUAUUAUAGACCCUGGCCCGCAAAGAGGAGACCUCCCCAUGAUAAGGUUCCAAAGUACCCCAAAGUCAGUAAUUAGUCUUGACGCUGAGUACGAUGAACAUUCCCUCUCUCAAGAACUGGCUGAUCAUCAAACUAUAAUUCUUCCUCAUCCUGAGAGAAUGAAAGGAUGUAUACCUGGUACAUUUGGCCCAGACUGUCUCUACACCUGUAAGAACUGUAUGAAUGGUGGCAGGUGUAAUUCUCAGAAAGAUGCCUGCAAUUGCCGACCUGGCUGGAGAGGAGUUCUGUGCAAUAUGACCUGCCCAGAGGGCACUUAUGGUAAUGAUUGCAACAGCCUUUGCCGUUGUCUGAAUGGUGGAUCAUGCAAUCAUGUGACUGGGGAGUGUACAUGUCCAGCUGGUAUUGAAGGCGAGUACUGUGAAGAAGGAUGUCCGCCAGGAUUCUAUGGGGACAAUUGUGAAAAGGUGUGUCCCCAGCAGUGCCCAGGUGGUUAUUGCAACAGGAAGUAUGGCUUCUGCAACUGUCGGCCAGGAAAGUUUGGGCCAUCUUGCAAUCAGCCUUGCCCUUCCUUUACUUUUGGUGUGAACUGCAUGGAACAGUGUGAUUGUAGCUCAGAAAACUCUGAGGGAUGUGACCCUGUGACAGGAGACUGUAACUGUAAGCCAGGGUACACUGGUGACCGCUGUGAAGCUCAGUGUGAGAGAGAAUAUUAUGGUAAGGACUGUAAGAAAAAGUGUGACUGCCCCAAUGACACCAAGUGCAACCACAUUACUGGUCAUUGUUUGAGGGACUGCCCAGCUGGCUGGACUGGACCACGGUGCGAAGAAUCCUGCCCACCUGGCAAAUACGGGAAGUACUGCCUGGACUCUUGCCCCUGUGAAGGUAACUCUUGUGACCCAGAGACAGGCAAGUGCAUCUGUUCAGCUGGGUACCAUGGCAGAAGAUGUAACAGACCAUGCCCAGAUGGCAGUUGGGGUGUCAGCUGUAAAAACAAGUGUGGCUGUGACAACGGUGCCACUUGUGACAAAAUCACCGGAGAGUGUCUAUGCCUAGAUGGCUGGUAUGGACCUCGGUGUCGUGAAGCUUGCCCCAAAGACCGCUACGGCCCGCAAUGUAUGAUGAGGUGUAUGUGUGAGAACAAUGGCGACUGUGACCCUGUGGAUGGCAGGUGUCUCUGCAAGCCUGGCUGGACGGGUCAGAUCUGUGACAGAGCAUGUCCUCCUGGGACUUAUGGGGCUAGCUGUCUUGGUAAAUGUGAUUGUCGCAACAGCGCGGACUGUGACCCUGUGAGCGGUGAAUGUGUCUGUGCUCCUGGAUGGAGGGGGCCAAACUGCGAUCAGAAGUGUUUAGAUGGUUAUUAUGGGGCAGGCUGCAGCCAGCCAUGUAAAUGUCAGCACGGAGCCAGCUGUGACCAUGUCAGUGGGGCAUGCAUGUGUACAGAAGGUUGGAGGGGCAGGCACUGUGAGAAAGCCUGUCCCGAAGGAUUCUACGGACUUGACUGCCAGAGUAUCUGUAACUGUGAGGAUGGUUCAACCUGUGACCCUGUAUCUGGUCAAUGCCAUUGUGCCCCAGGUAGUAUGGGCAUUUCCUGCAACCACACCUGCCCACAGGGUUUCUGGGGCCAAGACUGUGAGAAACCCUGUGGAUGCCAGAAUGGUGGUACCUGUGACCCAGCUAGUGGAGCAUGCCAGUGCCAGCCAGGGUGGAGCUCUGCCAAGUGUGAUGAACCUUGCCCGCUAGGCAUGUACGGCCAGAAUUGUAUGUACAGAUGUUUUUGUAUGCAGAGAGGAACAUGUCACCCAAUUGAUGGAACUUGUAACUGUACAGACGGCUGGAUGGGGGAUGCCUGUGAAAAGCCUUGUGACUCUGGCUUCUUUGGCCCAAAUUGUGAGCUCACGUGUGACUGUGUCAACAGCAGGACUUGUGACCGCUUCACUGGACAGUGUUUAUGCCUGCCAGGAUUCAGGGGAAAGAAGUGUGAUAAACCUUGUUCUAAGGGAUUCUAUGGCAAGGAUUGUAAUGAGAUCUGUAAGUGUGAGAAGGAUGCCACGUGUCACUCCAAAGAUGGAAGCUGCACCUGUACUAAUGGGUGGGUAGGGGAAGUCUGUAACCAAGCCUGUGAGUUGGGUUACUAUGGAGCUGGUUGUAAAGAACAGUGCUCUUGUCCUGAUGGCAGACCUUGUUAUCAUGUUGAUGGCCAGUGUGAGUGUCCAGUUGGACUGACUGGCAAGAGAUGUGAGUUGGAGUGCCCACCAGGUCAGUUUGGCCCUGACUGUCAAGGUGUCUGCAAGUGUGAGUCUUUCAUGACAUGUGACCGAUUCACCGGACAGUGCAUGUGCCGAGCUGGUUACUAUGGGAAGAAAUGCAACAAAGUGCGGAAGAUUAUCAAAGACUUAAGUAAGGGUAGGAAGGGCAAACCCAAACCCAGCCGCAAGUACCAGAAGAUGCUGAAAGACAAGAACACACUCAGCAAGCUCAAAGCAGCAUCUUGGGUUUUUGGCUGUAAGGAAGGAGAGUAUGGUCCAAACUGUGACAAGGUCUGCCAGUGUGAGAAUGAUGCAGAUUGUGAUGCUACCACAGGGGCAUGCAUCUGUCCAGAAGGUUAUGUGGGGCCUACUUGUUCUGACAGGUGCCCAGAAUUCAGAUAUGGCUUUAACUGUACCGGAGUGUGUGACUGCCAGAAUGGUGCCAGGUGUAACAAGAGGAAUGGGCGUUGCAAAUGUUUGCCAGGUUUUACUGGAGACAAAUGCCAGGACAUGUGUCCAGAUGGAAGUUUUGGAGAGGACUGCGAGGGCAACUGCACCUGCGAACAUGGAGACUGCCACCACAAGACAGGGGCUUGCAAGUGCCACUUGGGGUGGAUGGGCAAGAAGUGCGACCAGAGAUGCCCUGCCGGCAAAUUUGGACCUGACUGCAUUCACUCCUGUGUGUGUCAGAAUGGGGCCUCGUGCGACCCCGGCACUGGAUGCUGUUCCUGUGAGGAAGGCUACUAUGGUCAGCUGUGUGAGCUAGUGUGUCCUGCUGGGACUCAUGGCUCUUACUGUACUGAGAGAUGUGACUGUGUGAAUGGAGCAACUUGCCUGCCCACCACUGGCCAAUGCAAAUGCCCACCUGGUUUCACUGGAGACAAAUGUGAACAAUCAUGUCCAAAGAAUCGCUGGGGGGUCAACUGUAGGGAGGAGUGUUUAUGUGGUCCAGAUGCAGGUUGCGACUCUGUGACUGGUCAGUGUCAGUGCCAACCUGGAUUCCAUGAGGAAACCUGUCAAUCCCCUUGUCCUUUUGGCAGAUUUGGGCCAGGCUGCAUGUAUUUCUGUGACUGCCGCAAUCGGGGUGAAUGUGACCCUGUGACAGGCUCCUGUAAAUGUCAGGAUGGAUGGGUGGGCUCAAAAUGCCAGACUAUGCAUAACCCUACGGAGAAUAUGCCAUCCCUGCUGGGCCUAGGCGAGGUGACAUUACCUGGGCUGUCAACUAUAGAUAACCAACUUUCACUGAUGGAGACGAUGCCCACUGGUGACGAUGACAGCGACACAACCAGUGCCACAUCUCUUUACCCAUGGCAAAACCCUGUAGACAUCCGUAACAACAUUGAUAUAUCAUCUUCCAGUCGAGGUCCCCUUUCGCAAGAGGACACUAGUGCUGUCAACACCAUCCUCUCACAACCAGGUCGAGUAGUCAGCAUUGAUUUUGACAGUGACGCUGCUGCCGGAGAUGUGACAUUUGGCAAAAGUUACAUAUCUGUGGAAGAGGACAACAACAAUGUCAUCGGCAACCGAAGUAGCAGCGAUAAUGUUAUUGAUGGCUACAGUGGCAAUGAAAGCAUUGAAACAUAAACAUGUGAAGCCUCAUUGACAAAUUUAGUUCAAAACCUCUCCAUUGCUAUCCAGUCAUAACUAGCUUUAGGCUGCUGUUUUUGCUGUCUGUAUAUAAUUGUAUUUAUGUAUGUACAUAUCACCUUACCUCCCCUUGAUUGUUUAAGAGAUUUUAUAUGUACAAGUUUUUUAAGGUUUAAAAAGUCAAAUUUGUUUAUGUCUAUUUAGUUUUUUUCUUCCCUCCUAUGGCCAGUUUUAUAUUUUGCAAUCUAGAAAUCUGUUUCUUUUUCACUUUCAGUUUAAAGUGACAAAGUGACUAAGAUUAAAUGUUUUGGGUUUUUAUAUUUAUUUAUUAUACGCUGUAGUGACUUUUUUUGACCGACUUACAUUUUAAUGUGCAAUAACUGCGCGCCUGUUUCCAACUGCACUGGCCUGUUCAUGAAUCAAUGUAGUCGUCAUAUUAACUAGAAACAUAAUUUCAGAAAAAAUGACAAGCCUUGAUGUAAUUAGGUUAAACUUGUAAUAUGGCGGCUUGAUAAAAGAGGUUAAAUUUUGAUACUGUGAAUACAAGUCAAGAAACAAGCCUUCUACUUCCUGGAAAUGUUUUCAUUAUUAUAAUGUAAAAAAAAAAAGGUGUUUUAUAGAUGAUUGUGAGACUGUCUUUAUGUUUUGCUUUGUAUGAUUGUUUGACAGAGAAAUAUUUCUGAGCAUCAUUCAAAAUAAUUUAUGCAAAGUUGUAUUGGUUUUAUUUGCAUACAUUUUGUUUUGUUUUAUUGCAUAACACAGUGUUUCCCAAACUUUUCCUUUCAUGGAACAUAUCGCAAUUUAUGAGUAUUUAAUGGAACAAUUUUUAUUUUUUUUAGAGAGAUUAAUUCAUGUGGUAGCCUAAUAGUUAAUUAUUCCAGUAAUUUGUGGAACACCUAUUCAGUCCUUGUAUGUUCCAUGGAACACUGUUUGGGAAACACCAACAUAAUAUAUAUGCUCGUCCAUUAUCAUAUUACUUCAUAAUGAGUUAGCUUUUAACACAUAUGCCAGAUAUGGAUCUUAAUAUUCUGUUUACAUGAAGAAGGCUUGAUUCUCAACUCAAAAAUAAAAGACAAAAUUUGGGACAUAAGUAAGUUUGGGCCUGAUAACUAGACAACUGUUCAACAAAGUUGUAUCCCUUGGACCUCUUGUGUCCCCUGGCUCAUAUGUUUUUCAAUCAGCUCCUGUGUGUGUGCCUGUAGAUGAACAUUGUCACUUAGAACCAUGUAUUCAAUACAUUUUUUAAUAAAUGAACUGAUUUUUUUUUGUUCACUGUGCCUGUCUUUUUUACUGUGCACCAUUUUCUUGGACAGAUCUUUUUGGAUUAAUAAUUGUAGCAUUACUUUUCUGUUAAAAAGUGAUACAUCCAAGUAGACAGAAAUGGCGUUUUUACAUUAUAUAUUGGGGAAAAAGAUUAGGAAUCAUUAAUUUUAUUUUGAAGUAAUGUUUUAUUCCAAUAUGAUGGUGACUUUCAAUAUUGCUUGAAUAUUUUUUUUCAUUUUUUUAAAGUCCAAAUUGUAUUGUCCAUCAAAGCAAAAUUAUUUGGAGUGUAAUAUAUAUUCAUAAGUUUUCCAAUGGGGAAAAAAUAUCUUUAAAAAUGUUUCAGAUUUUGUAUGCUACCACACCUCCUAAUUGUUCCUAGUAGAAAAAAAUACAACCACCUAACCCCCCAGACAUUAAAAUGUUAAAAUUUUUCUUUUGGGCUGUAAUGAAAUUAAACUGAAAGGCAUAUUGACAGUCCAUUAUCUCCAGUAGUACCAGAGCUUCAAUUAAGUGUGUUGACUCUCCAGGUGUUUAUGUGUGUGCAGUUACAUUAUAAACUACUAGUCACUGUAUGCAAGUAUCUUGUACAGAUCAAGCUCAACCCAUGCCCUAUGCUGGCUUGUGUUGGCUGAAGGGAGGGGAGAAUGCCUUUAGUUUUAACUCUUUCUCUCCUAACUGACGAUACUAACGUUGAUUCCACCAGAAUGUGGUAAAUAAUUACGGAGAGAAAGAGUUAACAACUAGCUAUUUACCAAUAGCCUGAAUUGCAAUUUUUUUUCCUCCUCAAUUUUUAUGUUUACCUUCUAUUAUAUGUAUCAUUUGUUUCUGUUAUAUUCAACAUAUUCAGCUUAUAAAAUGUAAACAUAUGUUAUAAUGAUUAAACCUGUGUUUGUAUGAUUACACUUUUGUAUGCAUGAUUAUACCUGAGUAUGUUGGUCUCUAUAUACUUGUAAAAUUUAGAAUCCCUCUCUGUAGUGGAAAGUAUAAUUUAAAUUGUUUCUUUUAUUUUUGUCCCACUUUUAAUUACUGGAGUUUUGUAGCCUGGGUUUUAUUACGAUUUUUUUUUUAAGGUAGCAUUUGUUUCUUUUUAAUAGAAUAAAGGCCACAUGAUGUGUUCUGUUUUGAUCAAACAAAGUUGAGUCGUAACAGUAGGCUACCUCCCUCAACAACAGUGAUUUUUGAAAAGUAUUUGAUACUUAGGAUGAAAGUAAACAUUUAAUGUUGGCAAAUUGAAUAAUGUUUUGUUUUAAUACUGCCAGUGUCUUCCAGUGUCAGUGUAUUAGUUUUUCAACAAGAUAGUAAGAUAGCAGUUUUUAAUACUUACACUUUGCAAAUGGUUUUCUGCCCAACAUUUAGAUGACUAUUUAUUGUAGUAAUCAAUAUGGGCCUUGAGAUUCAUAAUACUAAUUUAUAUGUUUUUUUAGGAGUUUUUAAAAGUGUUUGUAGAUAUAAUUGUGCUUGAAACAUUUCCUGCAAUUGAGAGUAGUGUCCAAACAUGUUUGUUAUGAUACAUUGCAUUGUGUGUGAAUCUGUUUAAGCAAAUCAUGGUGAGUGGAUUGAGGCCUCUGUUUCAUUUAGACCACUAAUCUUGUGAAAUAUUUUUGUUCCAUUCUAUUAUCUACAGUAGAUUGAGAUUCUCACAAUGUGUCUAAUUGUUUUUUUUAAAACAUCUGAAUUUUAGGAACUUUUACUUAAAAGCCACUAUUCAGUUUUACAAGUCGCUACUUAUUGUCACAAUUUCCUUUUUAAAUUUAACUUGCCAUUCCUACUAUGUAUGAGCAUACAGAUCCCUAGUCUCUUUUCGGAGGUGAUCUGACAACCUUAUUUGGGGUUGGAUGUAGACAUGGGGAUGAGUGCUAUUACAACUGAGUGCAUUUCAAAGUUCUGUACUUUUUCCGUGCGCAGUCAAGUUAGUGUCUGUUUAGUUUGCAGUAGUGUAGUCCAACAAAUGAAUGUGCAAUACCAUCAUUAGUAGCUAGGUCUAACUAUGAUUCACAUGCUUCUGCGAUCAUUCUAUUUUAUGUCUUUCUUAAUCUGCAUGGGAUCAUCAUGUCAUUAAUUGUUGAAUAUAUUUAGUAAGUCAUUAGUAUUGUUCAAGACUUUGAUGGCAUUCAUUAUAUCCACAUUUAUUAUUUAGACAAUUUGUUAAGUAACCAAAUUUUUUCUAUCUAAAAUACAAGAUAAUUUGAAAAAUUGUCAAAUCUUUUGUUAUAUUUGUCAGCUUGAAGAAGCCUCAAUAUAUGUGAUUAAAAAAAUAAUAAUUUUGGUUAUGGUGCAGUGGUCUUUCUAACUAACAAAAACAUGCAAAAUGUACUUUACAUUUCAUUUCUUAGUAUACCAACAUUAAAUUUGUUUGUACAUAAAUAGUGUAUUUCUGCACUCUGUUUGAUCAAAUGAUGAGAAAAAUGUUUCCUUGCAAGCUCUUCAGUUAAAUCGUACAUUUCACAAGGAAUACAAUUUUUAGAAUGUAAAGAUUUGUAAAAAUUUGUCAAGAUGUUUUGCCAAAUUAUGUACUUAUGUUUGCUGCACUAACUUGGGGGAAAUCAAUAUCACUUGACAAUUUAGGACAAAGUGAAAUACAGUUUUUAAUCUGUGUACAUAUAUUCAUAAAUCUAUCCAUUUGAUGUUUAGUAUAGUUGUUUGUUUCAGCAGUAUGAUUGACUGGUUGAUUGAUUGUUUCUGUGUAUCACAGCAAUCAUAAUUUAUUGACACUGUAUUUGUAUGGAUACAUAUAUUUGUAUAUGAAUCAUUGACCAGGUUGUCAACAAAUAAAAAUGUUAGUCAUCUUCACAUA